AUGGGAUCGGGUAGUGAAUACCGCUGUAGUCAAAUAUUUUGCUACCCCAAGGCCACGUUUUUGCUUUUGGUAAUGUUCAACCAAAAAAAAGCGCAUAAAGAAGGAACUAAGAGUGAGAAACUCAUUCACGAAGAAAAUGUACGGACACUAAAGUUCUACCGUUAUUUAUUUUUGUCAUGUUAUGUAGUUUAUUUCGUUAUCACUUUAACAUUUUUCUGGUCAACCUUUACAAAACGUUACAUAACGUUGUCACUGGGCUGCUUCGGUGCUUGUUUAGCCGCUUAUAAAUUUAUGUCCUACAUGGCUUCACCAUCUUAUGCUGUCAACGAACGAGGGACUCGUCAACUGGUGGAUGCUGGCCUAGAUUUAAAUAUAGGGUCUGGUGGACUUGGAGAGCAAGCUAAAGAUGCAAUAAUCAUGUGCAGUUUAGUCACUAUGUUAAGCUUAAUUCAUCAAUAUUUCUGGUUCCUCCUAUUAAUUAUUCCUAUUCGGUUAUUCUACGUGCUUUGGGUAAAUAUUUUGGCACCGUGGAUAUUUGAUCCAAAUCAAGAAACUCAGGUAAAUGAAAAGAAACAAAAGAAAAUGGAACGAAAAAUGAGACGAGUUGGUCAUCUGAUGCAUGGUACAGAUAGAGGUGUUGGCCGAGCGAAUUAG